GAGUGUGCAAAGGAAAGAUACUGGAGGUUGUUUCUAGGGUUUCCGAUGGAGUUUGCAAAAUCAAAUAAGUCAACAAAAUUUCUGUAAUCCCAUAUUUUUCUUGACAAACAAUGCCAACUGGAUUGUGUUGAUUUAGAUUCACCACGCUGCUGCGGAUAAGCGUGCGCAGCCAUAAACAACUUUGAAUUUCUACUUUCGAACUCCAAGAAAACCCAAUCAAACACCAUGGAACGUUCUAGAUCUAAGAGGAACUACUACUAUGACCAAGAUUAUGAUUCUGAGACCGUGGCCAGGACCAGGCCGCGCUAUAAUCACCACUACAGCGCCGGUGCCGGGAACCACCGCCACCGCGGCGGAGGCGCCCGUCAUGCAAAGGCGCAGGACUCGCAGCUCAGCGUCACAACCAGCUACCGCAUUCUGUGCCACGACAUGAAGGCCGGCGGCGUGAUAGGAAAGUCCGGCAGCAUUAUAAAGUCUAUAAGGCAGCACACCGGCGCGUGGAUCAACGUGCACGAGCUCAUGCCUGGGGAUGAGGAGCGGAUCAUCGAGAUUUCGGACACGCGCCGGCGAGACCCCGAGGGGAGAAUGCCAACGUUCUCGCCGGCGCAGGAGGCGCUGCUGCUGAUCCACGAGCGGAUUCUGGAGAGCGACGCGGCUUUUGGUGUGGCGGAGGAGGAGGAGGAGUACAACGGGAGGGGCGGCGGCGGCGGGAGGGACCGCGUGGCGACGAGGCUGGUGGUGUCGAGAAUGCAUGUGGGGUGUUUGUUGGGGAAGGGAGGGAAGAUUAUUGAACAAAUGAGGAUGGAAACCAAGACGCAGAUUAGGAUACUCCCUAGAGAUCACAACCUUCCCCGUUGUGUUUCCAUGUCUGAAGAGAUUGUUCAGGUAGUAGGUGAUGUAAAUGCUGUAAAGGAUGCUAUAGCUAAUAUAUCAUCACGGUUGAGGGAGAGUCAGCACCGGGACCGAAGUCAUUUCCAUGGACGUGUACAUUCACCAGAGCGAUUUUUCUCUCCCGACAAUGAUUAUAUUCCUCAUGUGACUAGUGGAUCUCGUAGAUCAUCUGUGGAUGGGGCCACUUUUGGAUCACGAGGUUCUAACACAACUAGCAGAAACAAUAGUCACUCUGCAAUGAAUUACUUAAUGGAGCCUGGGGCUGCUCCUGUUGCCGAUGAUGUGCAGGGCUACUAUGGGGAGGAACUGGUUUUCCGUGUACUCUGUCCCGUUGAGAGAGUUGAUCGUAUAAUUGGGGAAUCAGGGGGAAUUGUAGAGUUCCUUCAGAAUGAGGUUGGUGUAGAUGUUAAGGUCACUGAUCCUGUUGGUGGUUCUGAUGAACAGAUAGUUAUCAUUACUUCAGAGGAGGGUCCUGAUGAUGAGCUGUUCCCAGCUCAAGAAGCUUUGUUACAUAUACAAACCCGCAUUGUCGAUCUUAUUCUAGAUAAAGACAAUACUAUAACCACCAGGCUUGUUGUCCCAUCCAGCGAAAUUGAAUGCUUAGACGGAAAGGAUGCUUCACUUUCAGAAAUAAGGAGGUUGACUGGUGCUAAUAUUCAAAUUUUGCCAAGAGACGAGCUACCUCCAUGUGUUGCAAAAGCCGAUGAACUUGUACAGAUUGUAGGAGAGAUUAAAGCAGCCCGAGAUGCUGUUGUGGAGGUGACAUCAAGAUUAAGAAGUUACUUGUACAGGGAUUUCUUUCAAAGGGACAUAGUACCACAAGUUUCCUUGCCUGGUGUGGAGGCAUCUUCUUCCAAUAAUUUAGUUCCAGUUACAGAAACUCUCACGACCUAUCAAAAUAUGCAAACUGUUGCCGCAGCCCUUCCAUCAAAGGAAACUGGAGGAUCUAGCACUGAGAUAGGAAAGCAGAAAGAAAGUGAUCGCCGCGAUGACGUGCUUAGUGGUUUAAAUAGGAUUGCUGUACCUCUUGUCACAAGGAGUACACUUGAGGUUGUUAUACCAGAGUAUGCAGUACCAAAGCUUAUAGCAAAGUCCAAAAGCAAGCUUGCCCAAAUAAGUGAGUUAUCAGGAGCCAAUGUAACCCUAGUAGAGGAUAGACCAGACGUGACGCAGAAGAUUAUUCAGAUAUCUGGAACUCCAGAGCAGGCAGAGAGAGCCCAGAGCUUGCUGCAAGGGUUUAUUUUGAGCACACAAGAAGACGGCCCUUAAACUACUGAAAUCCCGAAAGCUGGUUAGACUAAAGGGAAGAAUGAUUUAGUGCCUGAAGCAUUUUGUUCCAUGUGUUUACAAGAUUGUUGUGGCCAAGGGUUGAAAUUUUCAACGAGAGAAGCAUCUCCGUGUAAAUGUUGUACUAAGAGAGCUUCUUUUUUAGUUUUGUUAGUCUUUUAGCUAGUGCAUGGGAGCAAUUGUUAGCUACCCUACAUGCUGUUUUCCUAGUUGAUCUCAUCUAUUAAUUUGAGUAAGUAAAUCACAAGGUUUUAUUAUUCAAGCCCAAAAUUUGGGAGGGGGCUUCAACCUCUCAAUAUGGGGUUUCUAUUACACGAUGCUACCUCAUUUAACAAAUCCAAAUCACAAGUUUGAACAGUGGUGAA